CUUCAUUCAAUCGUUUACACCAACGUGUCAGUGUCGCUGUACCUACUACCAACCAACCGCAAUGUCUGAAGUUGCCGCCGAAGCCGCUGCCGCAGCUCCUGCUGCCUCGCCAGCCAAGGCCAAGAAGCCAAGGGCCCCUAAGGGACAGGGCAAGCCGAAGAAGCCAUCGACCCAUCCUCCAGUGAACGAUAUGGUUGUUGCUGCUAUCGAAACCCUGAAGGAGCGCAACGGAUCGUCCCUGCAGGCCAUCAAGAAGUACAUCGCUGCCAACUACAAGUGCGAUGUCGCCAAGCUGGCCCCAUUCCUCAAGAAGGCCUUGAAGAACGGUGUCGAGAAGGGCAAGUUUGUCCAAACCAAAGGAACUGGCGCAUCCGGAUCGUUCAAGCUGAAGGCUGAGGCCAAGAAGGCCGCCGGCGAGAAAAAGCCCAAGAAGGCCGGUGAGAAGAAAGCCAAGAAGGCUACCGGUGAGAAGAAGAAGGCUGCCAAGAAACCAGCUGGGGAAAAGAAAGCCAAGAAGCCAGCCGGCGAGAAGAAAGCCAAGAAACCAGCUGCAGCGAAAAAAGCCAAAGCUGCCGGUGCAAAGGCCGCCAAAAAGGCCGGAGGUGUGAAGAAGGCCGCUGCCCCGAAACAAAAGGCCACCAAGCCAUCCAAGACCGCCGCAAAGAAGCCAAAGACCCCGAAACCGAAGAAGGCCGCCCCCGCCAAGAAAGCUGCCGCGAAGAAAACCGCCGCCAAGAAGUAAUCUGGCGAUUUUCGGAACCAUCAGUCGUCAUACUGCGAAACAGUAUCCCACUUUCAAAUCAGUCCUUUUCAGGACUACCAUCUUAGAUCUUACCAAAGAGUUAAAAGUUGAAAUGGUUUCCUAUCAUCCAAUGCCAGGUCAUACGUUUCCUAGAAUACUGCUAGGUGCAAUUCUCAAAUAGGCCGGUCAGCUCGGCAUGAUUGAGUGUUGCCUUUUCGCUGCCGCCGAGCUUCCAGAGUGAAACUCUCGAAUCUUUGCACCGUGUUGGUGUAGUUAAGGUUAAUUGAAAAUGACUGCAACUUCCCUGCAGAUUGAUUGGUUGGUGAAAUUCCUGUUACUACCCGGUUGACAUAGAGCAAGUCACCUGGAAGGCUGCACUUGAAAUGAUGAAAUUCACAAACACCAAUCGUGAGAAGCACUAAUUGUCACGAUACAGCCAUUUCUGUCUUCGCGCUUCGAUAUAACGUGCAUUUUACCCUCGAUAUACGUACACCAAAAUUUGUCUCAAUGUGCACUUAUUCUGGGUAGCAUGGCUAAAGCUGCAAUCGCAUUUGGGGUGAUUUUAUCGUUUAUCUGGAGAUCAUUACUGGGAAAGUUAGAACUUUUCAUCGAAGCAAAAUGUACGUUAUAAACAGAAUUUCCCGACUGGAAAAGGAAUUGAAUCCGCCGUCUCCGGGUUGGCGAUCGAAAACCCUAUCCCCUAGGCUAACCGGAGACCCCAAUCUCACUUUCGAUCGCCAACCAGUUCCCCACUCAUCGGACAGAACUGCAAUUCUGACCGAGGAUUUCAAACGUUUAACCCAGUGUGCCUACUGACAGCCCUCUGAAAAUCUUAGAUCUACACGCCCUUGGUACAAUGAAAGCACAGGAUGCACAAGUUCUUCGCAGUUUUACACAUACCUCAAUAGUGAACGGCUUGCUGAUCCCAGUUUAGGGCACUGCCGGCCGGGUGGGUUAAACAGGCGACAACACUCCGCGACACACGCGAUUCAACACCCGGGCACAAGAACAAAACAAACUAUUUACAAUGGACACAUUCACGCUGUGUGCAUGACCACUGUACUUCCGGCGGCAGUCUUCCGCUAUAGGUUCAAAUUUUGAACGAUGAAUCAAACUGGCACUCCCGCAACGGAGACGCGACACUCAGCUAGACGGACACCGAACUGAACUGACUA